CUAUCUCCCUUAGCUUCUCAACCCUUUUAUUUCUCUUGAAAAGCACGAGUAUUCUGCUUGUAUUUUGUUGUUUGGAAUUAUGCAGAGCGAGAGCAAGACUGCGCCGGUAAGCCUGGAGCGAGGAAUGGAGGUGGAGGGCGGCAGACGGGAGGUAGUGGCGGUGGCCAACAAGCAAAGUAUUAGAUGGGCAGACUUUCUUUUAAGGCUUUUAGCCUUUGUACUCACCCUUGUGGCGGCCAUAGUUCUCGGAGUGGAUAAGCAGACCACGGUUGUCACCACGCAGAUCGUUCCCACCUUGCCGCCGGUCAGCGUUCCGCUCACCGCUAAGUCGCAUCACUUGUCGGCCUUUGUGUACUUUGUGGUGGUGAAUGCAAUAGCCUGUGCAUAUGCGGUUGUUUCCAUGGUCUUCACACUGGCAAACAGGGGAAAAUAUAAUGGCAUGUCCUUAAUGAUUAUCAUCCUGGAUCUCAUAGCAGUGGCGCUGCUCUUUUCCGGCGGCGGAGCUGCAGCAGCUAUCGGGCUGAUGGGCUACAAGGGGAACACACAUGUGCGGUGGAACAAAGUGUGUAACGUGUUCGAGAGAUUCUGCGGCCAAGUGGCAGCGGCCGUCGGAAUAUCACUCGUCGCCUCGGUCUUGUUCUUGUUGCUCAUCUUGUUUGCAGCCUUAAACCUUCACAAGAAACAUCACUGAUAACAAUAUUGUUUCCUUGUUAUUGGCUUGGAUUUCCACGAGGCCUGUUGGCUAGUACUGUAUGCUUGUUUAUUUAGUAAUGAUUAUCUGAUCUAUAAAAUUGCUUAUGUUGUGUUUAUAGAAAUUUGAUGAAAAAAAAUAUGCAUGGUACAUUUUUAGGGAAA